AUGUUUGUUACCAAGAAUUUAAGUCAGUCGAAUCGCUUUCAGUCUCAGUCUGGCAAGACAAUAUCAUAUACAAAAUGGUUCGAGGAUCUUAACUGGGGAAAUGUGUUUUGGAUUAUCGUCUUUCCGCUCUUCGGCCUGGUUGCUGCAGGAUUUACGCCGUUGCAGACCAAAACUGCUAUAUGGACCCUCAUUUAUCACUUUACGACCGGUCUAGGAAUUACAGCAGGAUAUCAUAGACUAUGGGCACAUAGAUCUUACACCGCUAGCCUCCCUCUGAAAAUCUGGCUUGCUGCUGUUGGCGGUGGUGCGAUGGAACACUCGAUUAUAAAUUGGUCUCGAGAUCAUCGCACCCAUCAUCGCUAUACAGACACGGUUAAAGAUCCUUACUCGGUCCAAACGGGCUUAUUCUAUGCCCAUAUCGGAUGGUUGAUAUUCAGACGAGAUUCCAAUUGUCAGGGUGAUGCUGACAUCUCCGACUUGGUGAACGAACCAAUUGUGGUCUGGCAGCAUGACCACUACACAGUAAUUGCUAUGUCGAUGGCCUACAUCCUCCCUUGCUGUAUCGGCGGUCUGUGGGGUGACUGGUGGGGCGGUUUUAUUUACGCUGGCAUCAUACGCGCAUUCCUGGUACAGCAAUCGACCUUCUGUGUGAACUCUAUCGCGCACUGGUUAGGAGAUCACACAUAUGACGACCGAAAUUCUCCAAGGGACCACGUGUUUACUGCUCUAAUCACUCUCGGGGAAGGAUAUCAUAAUUUCCAUCACGAAUUCCCGUCCGAUUAUCGGAAUGCGAUCGCCUGGUAUCAAUACGACCCCACUAAAUGGAUGAUCUGGCUGUGGAAGCAAGUAGGACUUGCACAUAAUCUCAAGUUAUUCUGUCCAAACGAGAUUGAAAAGGGUAGACUUCAGCAGCAGCAAAAGAAGCUUGACCUGACACUGGCCGAACUGCAAUCAACUAAGCUUCAGCUACUACCUGUAAUGGAAUGGAAUGAAUAUCAAGACGAAGUCCUCAAAGGCCGCUCUUGGCUCACUAUAGCGGGCUUGGUGUAUGAUGUUGGUAGAUUUGGGGAGGAACAUCCAGGCGGGAAAUCUAUGAUUUACAGUGGCAUUGGGAAGGACGCUACUGCUAUGUUUCACGGCGGUGUUUACAAUCACUCAAAUGCUGCCCACCAUCUUCUCGCCACUAUGCAUGUUGGCAUUAUCCGUGGCGGUGGUGAGGUCGAGAUCUUGAAACGUCACGGGAAACGUGGAGCUUUUCUGGAAUGA